CACCGAAAUGCUCUAAUUCUUGGAAGUACCCGAACAGUGCUGUUUGGGAGGGAUGUGUUCAACAAUUAUGGUCAAAAUUGUGUUCAACAACAUGCUCCACAUGAUUUUCGACCUAAAUUGUGUUUUUUAUUAAACAUUUUUUUGAUUCAUCUGUUCGCAUUUACCCACUCUCGGUCGACUUCGCUUCAAGUUGUUGCUGGUUUGUUCCGCUGAGAAGGUGCCACAGAGAAGUCAUGCGUUGGACUGGUCGCUUUUUUUUUUUGAAUCUCCGAUUCUUUCUACAACCCAUCGGCUUCCGUUUCAUAUAAUCAUAAUCGAACAUGCCUCUGAAGUUGGAGAUCAAGGUAUUAUAGCCUCUAUAAUUUCCAAUGCAACUUUACAGAUUUGCAUUUGUGUUUAUAUCUCCUUUUUUAAAAAUAUAUAUCCUCAAUGCUACCUCUUUUUUAUUGGAGGAGAGAAAACUUGCUCAACGACCAGAAAGAUUGAAAUCCAUGGAUCUGCAUCGAAUGGAGCCAUGAUAAAUAAGAAUACUGUCAAGUUUGUAAUUUUGGGACUAUUUACAUCUAGCCAAACACAGUUAAGGGAAAUUUACCACAGUGGUACACUUUUUUUGAGCAAAGAGUGGUUUACCGUUUACGGUUUACCUGUUACGAAUGUGUUAAGUUGUGCAAGGUAGCAAGGUACAAUGACAUUGAAGAUAUAAAGAGCUAAGUAUCCCACAAUGUAUCACUUCAAAAGACUCACAGGCUCAAACUGGGAACUAUCCAUGCUUUUGUCUGUAUGAGGUUGAAGAAAAUCAAGUGGUGUGAGUGUGACUGAUAAAGAAUACGUACAAACGAGAUGCUCUUACUCUCCACCCAAGGUAAUAGUACUAGACUUAAUCUCCCUUUGAGACACCAGUUUUGCCUAAAUUUCUAGGAACGAACAGCCAUCACUAAAAUGGUGAUGGUCAAGUAUGUAGUGAGGGCGAACCGGUGAAAUGCUUGGAGACACCAGUUUUGCCUUUGAGACACCAGUUUUGCCUAAAUUUCUAGGAACGAACAGCCGUCACUAAAAUGGUGAUGGUCAAGUAUGUAGUGAGGGUGAACCGGUGAAAUGCUUGGAAAAAAUGUCAUUGGCCGAAACAAAGUAGAUUAAUAAUAGAGCUUCAAGAUUUGGAGUUUUCACUACAUAUGAUCUUCUGAAUAUAUUUGUGGAGAACUACUAUGCAUGCUUCUGUCCGUAUAAGAUUGAAGAAAAUCCAGUGGUGUGAGAGUGACUGAUAAAGAAUAUAUAAAAACAAGAUGCUCUUACUCUCCAGCCAAGGUAAUAGUACUGGAUUUUAUCACCCGUAGAGACACCAGUUUUGCCUAAAUUUCUAGGAAAGAACAACCGUCACUGAAAUGGUGUCGGUCAAGUAUGUAGUGAGGGUGAAAUGCUUGGAAAAAAUGUCAAUGGCCGAAACGAACUUGAUUAAUAAGAGAGCUACAAGAUUUGGAGUUUUCACCACAUUUGAUCUUCUAUCGGUAGUUCUAGUACAUUGUGGAAGUCCAGGAGCAUCAUUGGGAAGAGAUGCUAUCGUACCUGAGUGUGAGAUGAUCUACCAUCUCUGCUCUAAUGCUCUCUCCGCUCUUAUUCAACGCAAGACGCCGAUGACGACAACAAUGUGGGCAAUUACUUGGCCCAUACUCAAGGGAAGCACCACAUGACCAAUUAGGCCAAGUGGGCAGCCGGCGAGGCCAAGGAGGAACCUGCUAGGCCGCUCUCUCAUCCACUCAAAAUCUCUCGAAAAAGGCCUAGCGAUCCGGUGUAGAAUCUCGAGUUUGGCUACCAUGGCUGAUUGUGUAAGUAUACUCCAUAAUUAUUAGAAACAAACGGCAAUGAAAGAUCAGGAAUACCUAUGGACUACAUAUUCAUCCAUCAUGCGCUACUUUGUUUCUGUCUGCGGUUUCUUCCACCAAGCCCACCCUUGAAGAGAAGGCUAAGAGUCACGAUUGAACCAUUGAAGUGGUUGUGGGCAAUGCUUUGACGGAAGAGCAAACGAAUAUACAAAGAUUAGAAGACACAAAAUUCAUCAGUUGUUCAGAGAUUUGCCAAUUUAGAUGUUAGCAUACUGGGUGGGAAGAUGAUUGAUUUGUUCCACUUGAAAAGCUUUCGCAUGAAACGGGCUGUGCAAUUAAGGUUCCAGUUUAUAGACUUUGAGAGCUCAUCAGUAUGGCUAUGGUAUGGAUUGAUGAGGAGGUAUUGUAGGAACGCGGUUAAAGCUCAUCACGGCACGUGCCAGCCACAUUUUCUGUAAUUCUCUUCCAGGCCGGUGCAAGUUUAAAAAGUUGGCUUUCAAGCUAUAUAGCUGAAGCCCUUGGAUUGGCUGCUGUGAAGGCAAUUGGUGCGGUAUCUGCCAUUAUUGCUGGAGGACGUCUGGUAAGGUAUAUGUUAUUGAUAUAGAUGCAUUUACUACUAAGUGAUAUGAUAUGUUUCUUACUUUAUACUCCGUAAUAAUCUUUGAAAAAUGUGUGUUCUAGAAAGCCAAGGGAUAUGAUAAUUCUUCAAAUUCGAGCCAUUUUGUUUAUAUUUUUUCCCAAUGAAUUUUUUAUGUUUAU